AGGCUGACGAUAGCUGAGGCAAAUCUGUUUCUCUUUGUUAGGACAAGCUUGUGAAAAGUAAAAGAUGUUGAGGAGGACAAGUUUGUUCCCCCACCGGGGCGCUCCUCUGGGGAACCUUGAUCUAACCUAUGAUGAGAUCCAGGAGGAGAUCAAGAAUGACACGCAUGAGCUGGUGUCUGAGCUUGUUAAGCUCUCAGCCAGAGCCAGAAUGCAGGCCAUACGAGCUCUGCCCAUUAGUUUCCACGAGCGGAGAUAUGUCAGGGGCAGAGUGAUGUCAGUCAAACAGUUGAAGAAGAGUGACAUGCUCCCGACGUGCUGCACCGACUGCCAUCAGCAAACCUCCCUGUUUUUCCGUAGGUUCAGUGCUGGCGUGGCCAUGACCCGGAAGCGUUUGGCGAUAUGGCAGGAUGCUCUGAAGGAGAUCGGCGGACGCUUCGGCACCUCCGUCCUGUCCUACUUCCGCUUCCUGAAAUGGUUACUCAUGUUCAACAUCAUCUCGCUACUCAUUAAUUUCUGCUUCAUUGCCAUCCCACAGAUGGCCCACAGCCCCAACUUCACAUACUCGGUGAACUUCAGAGGUCUGGAGCUGCUCACGGGAGCUGGCUACUUCAACCAGACCGUGUUCUUCUACGGUGGCUAUAAUGGUGAAGUUAUUGUAAAUCGGCCUCCUUACAACAUGCAGCUGGCUUAUUUCUUCACCAUAGCAGCUUACUUGGUGCUUUGUGGAGUGUCACUUAUUUACAGCAUGGCCAGAUCCUUCCAAAAGAAUUUUGUGUUGGUAUCAGGCCCCGCCUACGGUGGCGCGUGGCGUCUUUUGUGCAGCUGGGACUUCAGCGUGGUAAACGAGAAGGCCAUCCAGAACCACAAGAACAACCUAGGCAUCCAGUUAAAGGAGACCUUAGCUGAACGGCUGCACAGAAAAGCAUCAGUAUCGACGUCCACUGUUCUGAAACGGCUCGCGCUUUAUCUCUUGGCGUGGACACUGUGUGUCGGCCUCGCCGUCGGCUCCUGCGCGGCCAUCUACUUCCUGCAGUUACACCAGGAGCAGCUGGCGCCGGGUAUUUCCAGCUUUACAGUUGGUUUAAAUGAGGAGGCGUCCACGCUGAUUGUGCCUGUCGUCGUGUCCCUCAUCAACCUGAUCGUCCCGCUCACCUUCUCCCUCAUUAAUACAGUGGAGCACUACACCAACCCCCGCACCAACAUCUACAUCGGCAUCAUGAGAAAUGUCCUGCUGAAGAUGUCCAUCCUGGGAAUACUGUGUUACUACUGGCUGAAUGAUGUUCCCAAUACCAUCUCCUGUUGGGAAUCGUUUGUGGGUCAGAGCGUGUAUCGUCUGGUUCUAGUCGACUUCAUCUUCUGCCUCCUCGGCUCAUUCUUUGGAGAGUUCCUCCGCAACAUAAUCGGAACAAAAUGCAUCCCGAGCCUCGGCGUUCCCGAGUUUGAUAUUGCCACAAAUGUACUCAAUCUUAUCUACGCUCAGACGCUCGCAUGGAUUGGGAUCUACUUCUCCCCGUUGCUUCCCAUCAUUCAAGUCAUUAAGUUGUUUAUCAUCUUUUACCUGAAAAGGGUCAGUUUGAGUAUGAACUGCCAGCCACCGAAGCACACCGGCAGGGCCGCUCAGAUGCAGACGGUUUAUAUUGCACUCCUGUUUUUACCCUCAUUCGUAGGAGCACUCUCUCUGGUAGCCUACACUGUGUGGAGCCUGAAGCCUUCUGAGCAGUGUGGACCUUUCCAGGGUCUGGACACGCCCUUCCAGGCCAUCCACCAGUGGAUGAACACCGUGCAUGACAUCCCAGGAUCUGAGUGGGCCUGGUGGAUUUUUGAGCGUGUGCUGAGGAACGAGUUGUUCUUCUACCUCAUCACUCUCAUCGUCCUCGUUCUGACUUACUUCCUGUGGCAUGUCACUCAGGGCAGGAAGCGACUUAUCCAGAUUCUACGUGAGCAGAUUGUCAAUGAAGGUAAGGACAAGACCUUCCUGCUAAACAGAUUACAGAGCAUCCAGAAACAGAGGAGAGCCACCACAGCCUUCAGUCCCCAGGAACUCACCGAGAGAACAUACUUCAAUCAAAACUGGACCAACACCUUGCCACUGGAAAUGUGAGACAGUUUUUUAAAGACUUUUGGCCUCAUGAUGGUGAGUAAUUAUGAGGUUCCCAUGAGUCACGGCUCGGAUGUUUUUCUUCAGAAUGGGGAAGUCUGUUAUUAGUGGUUUUUGCAUUCCAGUGACAACACGCUACUUCGUUUAACAUUUACUUUGCAAAAAACACUGAACUCAACUCUUCCAUUCAACAAUAACAAUCAGAGCUGUGGUUCAGGGGAGAGACUCCUGUUGUAGUACAGAAUGUGAUCCAGUAGGUGGCAGUAUUUCAUUACACAGCUGAUGCACUUAAAAUCAUUUCAGUUUAUGUAAAACUGUACAAGAUGCUUUGUUUCGGAAUAUUUAAAAACGUUUGUGUAGUGGUAGCAAAUUUAAGAAAAAAAGUCAAGGAAUAAAACAACGACAUGA